AGCUGUGACUGAAACAAAGAUUAUAAUCCAACAUGGUUUCUUUCAAGAGGAUCCUCUCUGCUGUGGCUCUGAUUCUGCUGGCCUUUUAUGUGCAGUCAUCAAUCGAUGGAGGUCUCUAUAUCAACUUGAUGAUCCUCUUGGCUGUGGCUGUGUAUCUGCUGGCCUUUAAUGUGGAGUCACCAGCCGAGGAAGAAGAAAUCAGCAUAUACGACGCUCCAGUUUUCAAGGCUGAGAGGAUGAAGAGGCCGCUGGAAGGAACUGGCUUUGAGAUAGGACCAAUCAGCCACUCUGGAGUCAGAGUGACGCUCGCCAAUGGUUCUCAGUGGCUCGUCCAUAAACAAAAAAGCCAUGCCGACACGGUGGUGGCCAGCGCUCGAGACAUGAGCUCAAACGGGAAGGGGCUCGUCAUUAAAGGAAAGAAAUAUGUCAACAACUAUGUCAACAAGUAUGGCGACUCCUUUGACACGGUGGUGAUCAGCGCUCAAGACAUGAGCUCAAACUGGACGGUUGUUGAAAGAAAGGAUUUCCAGGGGACAAAGACAGUAGGGGACUUUGUGCAGGACGGUGGCUGCGACUACAAUCUCCUCUUUAAUAACUGUCACCGGGCCGCUGACCGAAUGAUGACUCAGAAAAACUAAAAGGUUAAAUGUUAGGAAAGUUAUGCUUACUUCAUUUUAGUGUUAAACUAUUUGCAUGAAGUCUGUGUGCAAACUAUUUCUGCCUUUCAUGAGAUAAUCAUGAGAGCCACUGACCUUGU